UUUGUUUUCUUUAAACUCAAAUUUGUGUUGUGUCUAUAAUUAUUUGGCUAGAUUUAAUUAGCAUAAUUAUGGAAUUGAGUAGACCCAACAGGACGAGUCAAAUACAAUUUAGUAUAAUGGUAGAAUUCAUGGAGAAGAACGGUGAUUUAUCCAAACCGACUGAGUUGCACGGUCGCAUAUGGCGCCUUAAAAAGUGGAGGGAGCUGACUAAACUCCUCAAUUUAGAAUUAAGCGGAAGCACCCGAUCAGAAUCACAGUGGCGUAAAACUUGGAGUGACUUUAAGAAUAACACCAAAAAGAAAUAUAUAAGGAUCUCGAGAGGUUCAGCAAAUAACAGUCGUGUCAUGAAGCGUUUGACCGACUUGGAGAGGCGAGUUCUGGCCAUGAUGAGUGAAAAAGUGGAUGCGGACGGUUUUGAGAGUGAUCGGCUUGAGAAUAAAAUAAAAAUUGAAACAAAAAUAAUUUCUUCUCCCGACUCGUCGGCUAGAGACAGCAGUAGUUCAGGAAACGAUUCCUCGGGUGACGAUGAAGAUUCGGCGUUACCAAAAAAUGACGCUGAUCACACAAACAUCACCAACCAAAACUCUGAAUCGAGAACAGAAGAAAAACAAGAACAUACAGAUUUCUGUCCCACAAACGAUUUAGAAGCGUUCCUAGCUUCUGAUAGAAGAAUGCAGUACGAGUUGGAGAAGGAGAGAUUGAGGCAGAGGAAUGUGGAGUUGGAUCUGCAAGGGCGAUGGUUGAAGUUCAUGAACGACGCUUUGGGGGUGAUGAAGGACUAUUUGAGAGAUAAAAAGUGAUGUGUUUAUGUGUGAAGUGUAAAAGUGUGUGGUAUGAUAGGUCGCCACGAAUCAAGAAACCUGCGCAGUGAAUGAAAAACGGGUGUAAGUUGAGGUCGGUCUAUGGGCGCGGGGAGCGUUUCAUUCGUGAAUGCGUGGCGGGUGCGCACGCGCAGCGGCACCGUGCAUCCCUUAACGUGCGUAAGGGUUAUCGCAAAAUUUAAAAAAAAAUAACAUUUUUUUCAGAUAACAGGGAUGUUAACAAUAAUCAACACAUGUAAUCACGUCAUUUGCGGGGUAGACAGAGCCAACAGUUUUGAAAAUACUGAUAGGCCACGUUCAGCUUUUUGACUUGAUAGAAUUGAGAUUCAAAUAGUGACAGGUUGCUAGCCCAUCACCUAAAAGAAGAAUCCCAAGUUUAUAAGUCUAUCCCUUAAUCGCCCUUUACGACAACCAUGAGAACGAGAUGGAGUGAACCUGUUCUUUGUUUUUUUAUUGGUGCCGUAACCACACGACACUAUAAUCUAAAAUCCAAAAUAAAAUAAAAAAAUAAUAAAU